AUGAAGCUCGCCCACGUUCUACCCAUCCUCACCCUCGUCGUACCAAUCGCAUGCGGCAAAUAUAGUGAGCCUCCCUGGGAAGCGAAAGUGCCAACAGCCGAAGAAAAGAAAGCGAGGGAAGCAUGGCUCGACACCCAACGAGACAUCACCGCAGCAUGUGAAGAUCUCAUACUUGAAACUACACGACCAAGGGCUCAACACCAAGAACAGCUCAACAAUCGGGUAGUGGUCGUACAAGAGGUCACAGAGGAAGCAUCAAAUAGACUCCUUACGUUUGAGGGUCCUAUGGUCAGGGAUUCAUGUUAUGAUCUCGUGCAUUAUUUUCCCAAGGUUGUUGAAAAAUGCAAAAAAGCAUUGGGGGCCCUUGAUGCCCCAAAGCUUGCUUGUUCGAACGCCCUCAUUAAACCGGAAAAGAGCAACUUGGGCAAAAAAUUAAGGGAGCUCAGAUUUCUGUUCACGGUGUAUGACUACAACUUCAGCAAGAGAUGUGUGAAGGAUACAAGAAUAGCGGCUCCCCCCCUGCCAAUGGUCGAUGACAUGCGAUGGUAUCUUAUGAAUACUGCCAAUGCUUAUGCGGACAUUGAUGAGUACUGCAAGUCUAAAGGUUUGAACUCAUCAGAUAUUAGGGAGUAG